AUGCUGCAUUGUAAGGAGAAUGACCCACAAAAGUCCCUGAGAGAUCACAUUUUGUCCCGGACCAUGUUCAGUCAGCAAGCACAGGUGGCAGACAGUGAUUGGGUAGAGGGGAGAGAGGUGACGAAUGAGAAGAAGAGAUGGCAAGGUCACGUGAGGGAAGUCCCCACGUCGCGUGGUGUUGCUGGAAUUGAGUGGGUGGGGCCCAUGGUAACUGGGGUAGUCCACAUUCGCCACGUUGAUGAACGUGUGGACCGAACUUUCGAACAUGCAACGCGGGACCCACCCCAGCAUGGUAGGUAA